CAAAGCAACCUACACAUCAUCCCAUAUCUCAAACACAUACAAACUUCCCACCUUUCCUCUCUACUUCAAGUCCACAAAUGUCUACUGUCCAUGCUCCCACUUCUCAAAUACCUACAAAUACCCAACAACCCCACUCUACAAGGAAACCUACACAUCAUCUUACAUCUAACACACCUUCAAAUAUCCAAUUUCCACAACCUACAAGGCAACCGAAACAUCAUCCCAUAUCUCAAACAUUUACAAAUUUCCCACCUUUGCUCUCUACUCCAAGUCCACAAAUGUCUACAAUUCAUGCUCCCACCUCUCAAAUACCUACAAAUAUCCAAUCUCCCCACUCUACUCCUAGUCCACCACAUCUUUCUAAUACACAUAGACCAUAUGAUGUUGUAUCUGGUGGUGAUCCACAUGCAUCAUCAUCAUCAUGUGAUGAUUCGUAUCCGAUAGCUGGGAGUACAGAUCCUACUGAUAGGCGUAUAUGGAUCCGUCCGGGACCACAGUUAACGUUUGAGCCUGCUGUUAAGCCCCCACGUGACAUUACAAAGAUUAUGAAACGUUUGUUUCAAGGGACUUGGGCAACUUAUGGAGAGUUAAUGAAAAAAGACACGGCUCUUGCGGACUUGUGGUAUAACGAGUUUCAGAGGAUAUAUAAGUGGCUUCCUGAGCAUGAUCAAGACAUAAAGAAGACUUAUCAUCAUAAGGCAUCUGAUGGGUACCAAAAUACAAUGUAUCGGGUACGAAGAGGAAUGGACAAAGGCGAAUGGAUCCCUGCUCUAUUGCGUGAAAAAUUGGAACAAAAUUGGGAAGAUAAUAAAUGGAAGGACAAAGCAGCAGUUAAUAAGCGAAAUAGAAGAUCCUCUAAUGGUCCAUUGCACACUUGUGGGUCAAUUCCAACAAUUGAACAUUCUAAAAGAUUAAAAACUGACUCAAACAUGACUCCAAGUUGUUGGGAAGUGUAUCUAAAGACACACAAAAUGAAAGGUGAUCCAUCAAAGUGGGUAUCCUCCAAAUCUCAAAUGGUUGCGGAUGAAUAUGAAAGACGGAUUUUUGAAAGGAACUCACAACAAACAGAGGGGGAUGAUGUGUCUAAUGACCAUCAGUCAGACAACUUCAUCUUCUUGGACGUAGUUGGAGGAGUCGACAAGAAAGGACGUAUUUAUGGUUUGGGGACAGAGGCAGGAAAAUACAUGCCUUCUUCAUCCAGGUCAUCUGAUGGCAUCUCACCAUCUGAAUAUGAGCAUAUGAGGACUGCAAUAUCUAAAAUGUCAGCUGAAAACAUGGAACUCAAGGAGCGAUUGAAGACUAACGAGGAAUUGAUUCGUGCAUCACAGGAGGAGUCACGUUUAGCUCGAGAGCAGGCACAACAGUCACAGGAGGAUUCACGAUUACUCCGAGAGCAGUUCUAGAAAUUAAUGGAGUCUUUUACACAAGGCCAUUCGCAUCUACCUCCUUAUCAACCUCAUCGUUCGAGUUAGGAUUAACAUCUGUGUCCACCUACUUGAUUAUUUAUCAUAUUAUUUUGAAAAUUUGAUUAUAACUUUUAGUUUAAAGUAAAUGUUCUAAUACUAUUUAGUAAUUAUUUCAAUAUAUUUUGAUGCAAAAGAUAA